AAAAAGGAUUUUUUAUUUUAUUUCUGGGGAGAAAACAAUUUUUAUCAUUUUAGACAUAUUACCGAGUUGCGAUUUAUGUGUCAAAAAGUCAAAAAUAUGAAGAAGGAAGUAGGUGUUGCAAUACAGUGUGCACGUUUACUAUUGAACUACUUGCAGAAAAUUUGUGGUCAGUCAGACGGCACAGCUUCAGAUUAUCGGAUGUGGAUGAGGAGUCAGGUCUAAUCUCUACUAUCUCAAGAGUCUUCUUUUGUGGGAAAAGGUACCUGAAGCUUUUCCAAUUGUCUCAAUCCAGAAGAAACCACUGAAUCUAUCUCACUAUCAUGGGAAAACUGUCAAACAGCACCAUAGAGAUGCUUAAGAACCAAAUGCUGCAGUCCACUUUGCCUGCCCUCUACUUGUUCAUCUUCACCAUCAGCAUUCCCCUCAACUAUAUCUCUUUGUGGUUCCUUUGCCGCCACUCAAGGCCUUGGACGCCCACCAUCGUGUUUUCCAUUAACCUGACAAUCACGGACUUGCUGUACAGCAUGCUUCUCCCUUUUCAGGUUGUCUACCACUUACGGGGAAAUGACUGGCCCUUUGGACAGGUUCUGUGCCGCAUUGUCACUGUGCUAUUCUAUGCAAACAUGCACUGUUCCAUUUUAACCAUGAUGUGCAUCAGCAUAGAACGCUACCUGGGAAUUGUUCACCCGCUGAAGCACAGGGCCAUGAGACCCAUUAGAACAACUCUCCUGACAUGCAUCAUUAUUUGGAUAUUUAUUUUACUGCUGCACUUCCCACUCAUGAAGACAGAGCUAACCUUCUGGGUAGAGGAGCUGCAGAUAACCACUUGUUUUGAUAUACUGCCCAAAGCUAUGUUUCCUUCAAGAAAUCAUUUCAUCGCUUAUUUUGGCUCUCAAGUUCUUCUGUGCUUUCUCCUACCUUUGCUAAUAAUGGCAUUCUGCUACACCUUAGUCAUUCAAACUCUUCUUAAUUCCCCUCCCACACAACUAAGGGAAAUUAAGAAGCAGACAAUUUACUUGAUAAUAGUGUUGCUUACAGUCUUUGUAGUGUGUUACGUGCCCAAUAUUGUGAUAUCAAUCAUCCAUUUCAUCUAUAGUACCCAAAAUAAGACUGCUUAUGUGGAAUAUAAGCUAUCUUUGGCUUUGAAUAGCCUUAAUUGUUGCUUCGAUCCACUUGUUUAUUUUUUUGGUUCCAAAGAGUUUCGACGAAAGAUACAGAAGAAGCUCUGCAAAUGCAUACCUGAUAUAUUCAAUGAACCUCCCACCAUGCUUUCAGAGCAAAAUGUGCCAAUAACAUCCAGAGAACAUGCACCGAAUAAUUAAAAAAUGGAUUUGAUCUGGAACAGAUUAUAUUAAUCAUUGCACCAAAUCAUCAUCCAGAGAGUUUAGAGGUUGUUCUAUCUUAGAACAUAGAACAUCAAGAGAUGCAGAAAAGCACACCAGGCAAUAUAUUACCACAACUUAUUCUGGAAACAAACCAGGCAUGUAGGAAGGCUCAACAUGCAUGGAAAAAGGCAUAUCUCUUAGCUUGCUAAGAACAAUGGAUUAUGGGACGUAAAUUACUAUAAAUGAGGAACUCAAGAAAUGUGUCAGUGCCAGGUACCUGCACUCCCUUGGAAUGCGUUUCUGUAACAUUUUCUAAAACCUGCUUCCCAGUUCAGCAUUUCUAAAAUAAAUAGUUGACAGCAAUAAAAUAAACACCACAUUUGUGAGGGGCAGAGGAAUAGCUGAGCCUAAAAUGAUUCACUUCCCUUGACUUAGGAGUAAGCAAAGACUGGUGAUUAGCAUCUGUAAUAGGGGAAAAGCCAAAAGACAUGCAGACGAGGUUUAAUCUGGUCAUGCAAAUUUUAUUUCCUCUUUAUCAGUAUUUACUUGACUGGCAUAUUCAGUCUUAAAGCAUAAAACUUAUGCUCCUUUUUCACUGACACUGCUUUGACAGGCUGUUUAUAGACAAGGCCCAUUUUACUAUGCAAUGCAUUAUACCUCAUUUAUAAGGCAAGACACAGAAAAGAAGAGAACCCACCACCAGCAGCCUACCGCAACAAACCUUUCUGGUUUCAGAGACUGGUCUAGUACAGCCUAAUCCAAACCCAUGCUGCUGUCAUGCAUUGGCUCUAAGGGUAUGGCUACACUGCAGUUAGACCCCUCUGACUGGCCUGUGCUAGUUCAUUCAGGUGCACUAGGCUCAGGCUAAGGGCUAUUUAAUUGUCGUCACGGCUGGCUCCAGCGUUUUUGCCGCCCAAGUGG